UUAUCAAAAGCUCUCUUUAAAAAUAUAACCUUAAAGUAUGACACUGUCAUGUUUGUCAAUUUCUCUCGGGAAAUUUUAUAAAUAAACCUUCUAAAAUGUUUAUCUUCUCGGUGUUUUUCAUUACUACGACGUCGUAAUGAGCCACAAUGGCUGUAUUAUUUCCUCACAAACAACUAAAACAGACACUACUAAAAAAGGCUUUCAAAAUAUGUUCAAUAUAUCACAGAUUGUCAUCAGACAAAGUGCUAACACUUGAAGUGAACAAAUUUGAUGUGAUAGAUAAUUUCACAUCCGACUUAAUCCACCAAAAGUCGCUAAAAUGGGAAGGAAUCAAGUUGAGAAAGAAUCAUGCAACAACCUGCUCACUAGUACAACCAAAAACAUUAGAAAUUGCACUAAACAAUAUGUCACAAUCAGCCAUAGAUAAACAAUUCCUACUGUUAAUCCAAGAUGGUAGUGAACACAAUAUUGAGGAAUUCAUAAAAAGGUGUCAGAGAUCUCUGGUAUGUCCAACAUUCACAAAUGUGCUUACUCUCCUUGAUGCCAAUUCAAGAAAUGCAAAUAUCAACAUCAUAUUAGAAUUGAAAAAAUUAUUCAAAGAAGACAAUGACUACUAUAAAACAAAUGCUUAUUUUGAUCAUUACCUAGCAGAAGCUUAUUGGAUAAAUGGUGAGAUUGUGAAAGCUGUACAGAUACUUGAAGAUGUCUAUGAGAAAAAUGCACAUUUGAGAAGAAGGCUGAGAUUGAUGUUGAAAUAUUUGAUCACUGAUGUAACCACCCACAGUGAAGCCAUUCUAGUCAGUAUUAUAAAGUUUGGUGAGAAAUUGUACAACAGCUACAAGGAUCCAUUUGCAUUAAUUUGUGUGUGGCAGGCUUGUUUUAUCAGUGAGUGGUAUUCUGACCAAACAUUGGCUUUACAGCUUCUUGAAAAGAACAAAGGGUUAUGUGAGGCUGUGGUUGGUACUUUGCCUUAUGUAGUCACAGCAUCAUUGAAAAAUCAUCAGGUCGAAGUUGUUUAUAGGUUACUUGAGUUGCUCAUUAAAUAUGAAAUGAAAACGCAAUAUUCCGCUAUUUUAGUUUCUAUCUUCAACUAUAAAUUUUAUAUUGGGGAUUUGAAAAGUUGCUCUGAAAUAAUUCAAUGGUCUGUUACUUAUAAUGUUGCUUUACCUAACAUUAUACAUGAAAGAUUCCUAAUGUUGUUGCUGAGGAGGAAAAACGUUGAUGACAUGAAACCCGAUAAACCACCUGAGCCUAAGGUGGACUUGAAGUUUUAGUUGUGUACUUAGAAGUUGUAUAUAAAUAAAUAAUUUGUUAGACAA